UGUGGCUGACUUCCUGUCUCCUACAGGCAGGAAACGAGCGGCAACCACAGAAGAAGGACUUCCCCUCUGAGAUGAACUGGAUGAAUGUGCUGGGCAGCUAAAUCACCUACUUUCUAUUAGAACACGUGUGUUUAAAGACUACUGCAGGGUGCUGUUUGGAGUGAUAAUGUCGGGGAUACCUGCAGACACAUGGCAGCCGCCCACAGUGGCCGUGGACACCACGAUGGGGACAGUUGUGGUGGAGCUGUACUGGAGACAUGCACCAAAAACCUGCAAGAACUUUGCAGAGCUGUCCAGAAGAGGCUACUACAUCAACACCAAGUUUCACCGGAUAAUCAAAGACUUCAUGGUGCAGGGAGGAGACCCCACAGGAACAGGUCGCGGUGGUGCCUCCAUAUUUGGUAAACAGUUUGAAGAUGAACUGAGCCCAGAACUGAAAUUCACAGGUGCCGGUAUUGUGGCGAUGGCCAAUGCAGGACCAGACACAAACGGCAGCCAGUUCUUCUUCACUCUGGGACCCACUCAGUGGUUGGAUGGAAAGCACAGUAUUUUUGGAAGAGUAUGCCAGGGGAUGGGAGUGCUGAACCGGAUUGGGAUGGUAGAGACGACCGGUCAAGAUCGGCCAGCCGAUGAUAUCAAAAUCAUCAGAACUAAUGUACCCAAAUAAACAAAAACUGAUUUUUUUUUUAUACUGAUUUUUUUAAAUAAAUAAAUGUUUGUUAAAAGUUUCAA